AUGGAUGAGGAAAACUCCGGAGAUGAAAGUGAUAAAAGUGAUACGGAGAUCAUAAAGGAAAGUGAAAGAGAGUUAAACCAGAUAAUGGAAAGUCAAGUGUGUCCGAUUUCGGAAGCUGAGAAGGAAUACAUGGAUUUAUCGCCUCAGAACUUUGACAGUAGAUUAGAAAAAAGGAAGGAGCGUGAAGAUGAUAUAAAUCAUGAAGAAGAGUUUAUAGAAGUACGAGUAAAAAGAAAACCGAAGCGUCUUUUAAGAAGUACGUCUACAAAACAGCAAGAAGGUGAGAACAAUGUUUCGCCGUCUGAAGAGAUUAAUAAGUUUGAGAUUAGCGUCACGUCUAGCAAGGAAUUGCCGAAACAAAUGGCUUUGGCUAGAUUAUUGAGAGAAGAGAAUAUUUGCAAUAUAAACAAAAUAAAGUACAAAUCGCCUUUUAAAGUUUUGAUUUGCUUUGAGACUGAUGCCGACGCGAUGAAGCUAUUGGAGAGUAAAAAAUUUAAAGAGUUAGACUAUAUUUGCCGAAAAACUUUAGAAACAACUAUGACGUAUGGAUUGAUAAGAGGAGUAGAUCUAGAAUUUUCUGAAGAAGAUAUUUCAGCUAUUUUAAAGAGUGAAAUUAAGAUUUUAGCAGUUAAAAGACUAAAACGACUGGAUUUUAAUGGUAAAUGGGUAGAUAGUGAAGCAAUAAGAUUAUGUUUUGAGGGAAAAACAAUACCAAUCGAUGUGUCAGCGUAUGAGACAAAAUUUAACGUGGAAAAAUAUAUAUUUCCAGUGACUCAGUGUUCGGGAUGCUGGAAGUUUGGCCACAUUAUUAAAGUAUGCCCGACAAAGAAAAUACUAUGCCCAAAAUGUGGAAGUGAAGACCAUGCUAACUGCGAAUUAAAGACAUACAAAUGCCUCAACUGUAAAGGUCUCCAUUUCGUACUAGACAGAUCUUGUCCCAUGUAUCAAAAAGAAAAAGAAAUAAGGAAUAUUAUGAGCAAAGAGACAGACUACAGACAGACAGGCUCUCCAGAUAGUGACACGAAAUUAUUCAAACAAUAA